CUAGAUGUGAUGUCACCUCCCACAUCCAUCUCGGUCAUUGCUGCGGACACCCCGGCUCCGUUCAGCCGCUACCAAGCCCAGAAUUUUACCUUGGUCUGCCUUGUCUCUGGUGGAAAACCAGCCCCCACGGUUUACUUUAAAAGGGAUGGAGAAUUGAUACAGGGGGUCCCGCUGACGGAGCCGCCGGUCAACGCCGCCGGGUUGCAGGACAGCCGAGCUGCCUGGAACUUCUUCCAACGGGACUUGGACGACACCAAGAUGCAGCGGUCCCUGUCGUUGCUGAACAUGGAGGACCGGGGCGGGAGGCUGUACACCGAGGACCCCUUCCAAGGCCUCACUCCCGACUGGGGACUGUUGCUCAACCCCACGACUGAGAAUAUCCCCGAGACUGUGGUGAGCCGGGAGUUCCCGCGUUGGAUCCAGAACGCCGAUCCCAUGUAUUUCUUCCACCACACUCACAUCCCCAUCAGCGACGGCACCGUGGAGGUGCGGGCCAUGCUUAUGUGGACCCUUAAUCCUCAGAUAGACAAUGACGCGCUCUUUAGUUGUGAGGUCAAGCACGACGCCCUCUCUAUGCCCAUGCAGUCCGAGGUGACUCUAGGUAAGGGUCCAGAAGCCGCCUUCCUGGGUAGCGG